AUGAGCAGCAGCAGCAGUAGUGCGAGUAAUGUCAGCAACAGUAUAGUUCGCACACCGUCGGCCAUUGUCCAUCUGGUAAGCCUCAGCACCAGUUUGUGGGGUGCGUAUCGCGCAACCAAAGUAGUGCUGCCCAUCCGUUUGCGUGAAGCAGGCCAUCGCCAGUUUCUCACCAACAUUGCAUUGGCAGCCACGAUUCUGACCAAUGUGGUAACACUGGUGUCGUACGCAAGGGCCAACAGUCGUUCGUUGGGACACACCAGCCGACAGGUGGCUUUGCCCCUGGCGCUGGUGCUUGAAACGGUGGUCGCAUUGGUGUACUGGCCAUUGCGUUUGUUUUUCCUGCCUCUGAUAAUGCACAACGUGAAAGACGGUUCCAGGGUCCCCCUGCCAGUGCCUGUGGACUGUGCAAUUCAUCUGCUGCCCGUUGUGUAUCUGGCAGUGGACUAUCUGGCGCUGGAACCGGCUCCGUUCCAAAUGUCGACCAAAACGGCCUGGUUUGUCGUAACAGCGCUGGGACUGGGAUAUAACCAGUACCUAAAAGUUAUAGUCGAUCAUGACAACGGUGCGGUGUAUCCGUAUCCGUUUUUGGAGGUCAAAGAGCCCUACAGAAGUGCGAUAUUCGUGGCUGUCACCAGCAUCGCCUGGAUCUGGUUUGUGAUUUACAAAAAACUACACAGAGGAGGCAUAAGAGGAGGGCAAGCAAAACUGGGCAAAGCGAAUUGA